CACGGUGCCCAAGGCACAACGCCAGCUGCGACUCAGUCCAUGCUACUUCUUACAAAAGUCAAAACUACCUUUCCUUCCAACUUUAAACAAGUAAGCCAAGAAAGCCAUAUUUUGGAGUUCAAGGUUGUUCAUUGCAAUAAGGCGAGUUGCCACGACUAUGUGACCUGCUAUAUGCAUCACGACUUUUUAGAUCGGCGUCGACCUCUGUUUUUAACUGAAUAUGGAAAGCUAAACUAUGACAACAAACUUUGCUCUUACGCGGAAGAAGCAAUCUUAGCCGAAAGAGUAAACGAGGCAGGAAGUACUCCUUUGGGGCGGGCUAGCAAAAAUGCAGAAGAUGCGCUGUGCAAAUAUUAUAGCUGCGGUUAUUCCGGUGGCUGUCCCGAAGGCGACUCUUGCACUUUGGCGCAUAACAACUAUGAGGCUUUACACCAUCCUUUUACCUAUAAACUCAAGGCUUGUUCUCACCGUUAUAUUAACAAUGUAUGCGCCGCUUUAGGCUCCUUUUGUUACAAAUAUCACUCCUCUGAAAGGCCACGUUAUAAGGCUUUUCCAGAGGAGUUAAUAGAGAAAAGUGCAGAAACGUGGGAUUUAUUUGUGGCUCGGAACGAAUCUCUUUACGACGGCAAAAAUGAAGAUACUUUUUCCGCGGAUACUUUUAAAGUGAGGAGAUGUCACAAAAAAGGUCCCCACACCACUUCGCUCUGUCCGUACUUUCACGACUUUCACGACAGAAGAAGAGAGACCGCUCUUUAUCUUUCUUCGUGGUGUCCCUCCGUCUUGAGUUCUAGCGAUCCCUUACAAUGCCCUGAAGGAGAUGAAUGUAUGUACGCCCACACUAGAUACGAGCUGAUGUUUCAUCAAAAUAACUAUAAAACGGAGCAGUGCAAAAAUUAUAUGGAGAGGGGUUUCUGUCCCCGAGGUGUGUACUGCGCUUUUAAGCAUGCAUCGUACCUGAACGGCAAUAAGGAGAAAGUAGGGGAGCAUACGGGAGAUUUAAAAGCCGAAGCCAGUGAACUCGAGUCGCAACUUAAAAUAUUGAAAGCUGAAAACGCAAUCUUGGAAAGCAAUAUCAUAAAGCUCUCGCACCAACUGGCCAUCUGCGAGGAAGUUUCCGAGUGUCCGGUUUGUCUAAGUGUGAAGGUGGGUAGCAUCUGCCGUGUUCUGCCGUGUGGUCAUACAUUAUGCGACUCCUGCUUUAACAAAAUUUUUAAAAUACAGUGGCAAUUCAGCUUGUGCCCCGUUUGUAAAAUUUCGUUUUCUCUAAGCGCUGCAAGAAAAAUUUACCUUUAA